AUGGCGGGAACAAAAGGCACCAAGACGGCCAAAAGUCCUGCAGGUGACACAGCACCGCUCAACGAGGCCUUGGUCCACGAGCCAAAGCAGCAGAAAAGCAGAAAGGGGAGGACGGGCCUCAGCGGCCAUCACCACUGCGACGUCUGCGGCAAGAGCGCGCCCAAGAGCUGCAGGCGCAAGGGCCACAUCGUGGCAUGCGAGAAACACCCAGAGACUUGGUACUCGAGAUACCAGUCCUGCAUCCUCUGCUGGGAACAAAGCAAGAGAGAGGCGACAAGAGAGGAGAAGGAGAGGGAUGCCCAAAGAGCGGGGAGGGGGGCAAGGACGCCGGGAUAA